AUGGCUCCAUCCUGGCGGUCCCUUGCAUCCGCCGCCUCACGCUCCCUCAAAGGUUACAUCGCGCAACAACGCGACCUCAAGCAAGGAUAUUCACUAUCGCGCAGCUCAGGUGCGGAGGCGACCAAGAAACAAUCCUGGAGCCAAUGGGCCGGUCAGAAGCUACGGCGCGCGGGCCAAGGAGAGUACGACACUAGUGGCGACCGCUUAACAUUAUUUCCUGGAUGGGCCGCGAGACGAUAUAGCGAACGUCCACAAGAGAACAGUGAUGGUGACCGCGUAGACGCGCCCUUCGACGUCGAUGUCUUCGUUUCCGGUUACGCAUGUAAGCUCACGGGCAUCGGGUUCACGACUCGCGCGGGCAGGACUUUCUUGCGACUAGCUAAGAGUUUUGCUGCCCUACCGAAACUCCCUAACGCAGGCCAAAGCAAGUCUACGGAAGAUCUCUUGGGAGGCACACGUUUGCCUCCUCUUCCUGACGAAAUCACGGAAGAGACCGAGAUGCAAGCCUUGGACGACCAGCUCCACAGACUAGAUGUUGAGACGCGUAGCAUAGAUUCCGGUCGCACUGCCGACACUCUAUCCAUGAAAUCCGCCCAAUCUAACGACUCGCGCACGCCCUCGUCCUCCGCCGCCUCGUCCUCCAACAGUAACGCCUUUGUCCAAGGCGAAACGCUAGCACCCCCUCCUAUCAUCCCAGGCACCUCCACUGAGUUGCAUCGAUGGCAUGCAAACCUAGAAGCUCGCCUCCACCCCUUCUGGUCCUCAGUGCUGCCAAACCGUGUUGUUCGCAUCUCUCUGUAUGCUGCGGAUCCGUCGCUAUACAACUCAGACGACCAGCAGUCGUCUUCGUCACACAGCUCGGUCGCUCCGGAGAGGGAACCCAUCGUGACGCGCAAUGUGAUCACAGCGGUGGACGGCUCGUUCCAGCUAAAGCUCUCAGUUCCAUGGGAGCGUAUGUGCGUACAUCCUGGCGCGCUGCACGUUGCCUUCGGUGGCUCCGAGCUUGAACAAGACUUAUUUGUCGUGGCUGAGCUACUCGCGCCUCCUUCCCCGGGCCCCGCCACACCCACGGGUCAACACCAGCAAUUUCGAGAACUACCUUCAAUAUUCUCCCCGGUCACAGUCGCAGCAUCGAUACCAGUUCCUCUCACCUACUCUUCCAUUCGAGUGAUUUCGGACAUUGACGAUACUGUCAAACUAUCCGGGAUCCUCAGUGGAGCCCGUACAGUGUUCCACAAUGUUUUCGUGAAGGAUCUCCGCGACAGCGUCAUUCGGGGCAUGGGAGAGUGGUACACUGGCAUGUGGAAGCGGGGCGUCCGAUUCCACUACGUCAGCAACAGCCCUUUCGAGUUGCUUCCCGUCGUCAACGAAUUCCUGCAGCUUUCCCAUCUUCCCCCGGGUUCCGUUCGGCUCAGAUCAUAUGGCGGCCGCUCACUGUUCAACGGACUGCUGUCUGCACCAGCGAUGCGGAAACGCGCCGCCGUGGUCGACGUCCUGAAUCACUUCCCCGAUGCACGCUUUUUCCUAGUGGGCGACUCCGGGGAGCAGGACCUAGAGCUCUACGCGGAGUUCGCGCGCGAGCGCCCGGAACAGAUCCUCGCCAUCUUUAUCCGCGACGCACGCGCGCGAGGCGACGACUCGGUCCACCCGCUCGACGACCCAACUGGUGUAGAAGCGUUUCGUUGGUCGAUGGACGCCGGCCUCACGACACCUGGCUCUGCGCCCACACAGACGAGUGGCCGCUUUUCACAGGCGAUGAGGCGCGCGAACUCGAAGCUGCCGUUGCGGUCGAUGUCGCAGUCCGACGCGGUUCCGCAACCCCCACCGCCUGCCGCGCCCAGGAAAGUGGCGCGCUCAUAUUCGGGUGCGGACGUGGCCUCGCGCUCAUCAUCGAACUCGAGCGGUUCUUCGACGUCGCCGACUGACUACUUCAGCUCCGCGGCACGCUCUCACUCGCCCAUCACGGAGGAGCCGCACGAGAGCCCUCCCAUGGAAAUGAACGCCAGGUCGUGGCCACCGUCGGGUUUCAGCAAGCCACCGCCGGGCUCGCAGGCGGAACGAAGGGAGAGCGGGUUUUACUCCCAAGCGCAGCUGUCGACCCCACUACCAGACAUGGGGAAGAUGGCAGAUUUACAGAUGCGGCUGUGGAAGGCGCGGUUGGACGUUCCGCCUCAGAUUCCUUUGCGCGUAUUCCGAGAACCGGAGGAAUGUGUGGAGGUCGACGAGGUCUUGGAAAAACUGCAAGUCCGCGGACGUUGA